AUGGACUUGGACCGCUACCUGACGUAUGAUGGUGUCGACUACGAGUGUACAAUCUGUGAGAGAUUCUUCGCUUCCCGUCGUGCCAUUUACGACCAUUGCAGAGAUACUUCGCGCCAUGAAUGGUGUGAAAAAUGUGAGCGAGUGUUUCUCUCAGAGCCGGCCAAAAACCAACAUCUUCGAAACUCUAGCAACCACAAUAUCUGUUGGAUAUGUCCCCAGAUAGAAGACUUUGAGGACUCCUCAGAUCUCGACGACCAUCUUGUCGAAGAUCAUCAUUAUUGCGAUCCUUGCGAUCGCGCUUACAGCUCUGCCCGCAAACUGCGAGAACAUGAUGUCAACGUCCAUCACCUCUGUGUCAAAUGCAAUCGAUUCUUUGGGAACGAAAACAACCUACGGAUGCAUCGGCAAACUCACCAACCCCGAGACAUGGAAUGCUACGGCUGCUAUCAAACCUUCAAAUCGUUUUCCGGAAUGCUAAUACAUCUGGAGUCUGGCGCCUGCGAAUUAGGUACAGAUGAGGAGAUGAUUGAUGAUAUUUUCUGCGACUGGGACCGAAGCUGGAUGUUCAAACUUGACAACGACGAGGGGGGAGGAUGGAGAUAUGUCUGCUCGGAAUGCGAAAGGGAGUUCGGAAAGCUUUCUGCGCUUUACCAGCAUGCUGAAGAUGCCCCAGGCUGUUCUGACCGCAUGGAAGACGAGGGCUACCUGGCUGAGCUACGACGUCUCAUUCGGGACGAGGUGCAGGACCCGUCGGACUAG